AUGAAUACAUUUAGCGCUUUUGCCCCUAACAAUGUAAGUAAUUCAAAUGUGAGCAACCCGUUAAAUAACCUCGUGGGAUCGCAAUCUCCGACCGCUUCUUCAAAUAAUAUACAAAAUGACAGGACUGCUGGGUUGAGCAGCACUUUUAAUAACGCACCCAGUGCGGCUAACAAUUUUGGUAACAAAACAAACGUAUUGACAAGUGAAGGCACAUCGACUCAAAGUGGGUUCAUAGGUGUGUUAAAUAAGGGUCCGAUUCCAGGCGAAAACAAGGCAGACAAUUUUGCCAGUGUAAAUCCCCCUAGUAAUGGUAUUCCUAAUCAGAAUACCAACAGUGCCAAUAACAAUGAAGUCAGCAACAGUAACAGCGGAAAGGCUGAUGAAUUAAAGAAAAACACUGAAAAGGACAAUUCGCAAAUUGAGCGCCAAAAUGGAAACUUUAGCUUUGAAAAUAAAUUCAAUUUUAACAGUUCCCUAAAGAUUAGGAAGUCCUUGACGGAGCAGCUUUGUGAGGAAAUUUCGAUGAAGCUUGGCACAAUAUUCAUGUGCAAGUCGUACCUCGAAACGUACGUGUUUGAGAGAAACCCGUACAUGAUGAACUUCAUUUACCUGAAGGAUGAAAUGAGCGAAUCGAAGAACAGAGUGAUUAACUCGCUGCUGCUAAGCUCCUUCUGCAAUUUAAUAUGGAACAACCAUAUAUACAAACAUGAGUAUUUAAUGUCGAAGGAAAUAUUAAGUAAGUACGCCAAGGCAAUGGAAAAAAAUCCCGAUAAAAAUAACUUUUGCAUUGUACCAAUUUACAACUUGGAGAAAGUGAAAAUGGCUUUAAGUGAUCAGGAAAAAAAUAUAAAAAUUCUUAAAAAAAGAAAAUUACAUAUUAAGAAGAAUAAUGAAAAUCUUUUGUUCAUUUUGUAUAUCAUAAAAAAUAAUUUUCUCGAAAUAAAAACCAAAGCACAACGUAUUAUUCAGAGACUGCUAUUCCGAUUGGACAUUUUGGACAAACUUUUUAUGUUAAAAAAUAACGCCGUUUUUUUUUCCAAUAAGUAUGAAUUUAAUAAAUUCAAGUUGAUGGAAAUUUUGGAUUUCUUUAAUUCCUUCAAUAUAGACAGUCAGCUGCAAAAAAUUAACAAAAAUAUAAAAAAUCUUGUGCAGGAGAAAAAGAACCUUCAAAAGUUCCUGCACGCCGAUAACGAAUUUACCAACUCGUUGAGGAACACCGUUGUGAAGAAUGAGCAGGACAUAACCGAUUUGAAAGGAACGACCUCGGAAAUUUGCAUGAACCUGGAGGAGAAUAAAGAAUACAUGUACCAUCUAAACGCAUUUGAGAGGGAAGAAAAUUACGAAAUGUUAUAAUAACAUUUUUUUUUUAAAAAAAGGGAUUCCCCUUUGACUUAUUAAAUUUGUUUUAUGUUUUUUUCCUUUUUUGCUGUCAUUUUUUGUGUAUUUUUUUUCCCUCUCACUGAGCCUUCACACACACUUGUUUGAUAACUAUUGCUAUAGCUUACAUUUUUACAACGUUGCAAAAAUGUUUAUAAAAUACUAUGUGCGUGUACACGCCGUUUGCCUUUUUCUUUAAAUUUGAUUUCUUCCUCCCCACCUCCUUUAACAAAAAAAAACGUGAUUUGUUUAACCUUCAAAAUGGGUAAUAUUAUUCGCUUUAAUGUG